UGCCUACGCAUACUGCAGCUUGAUGACUGCGGUAUCGCACACACACACACCAGACAGUGUCCAUCUUGUAGUGAUUCCUUCCUGUACUUCGUACCUCUGUACAUCCUCAGUACGGUAGCUGCUCCAUCCGUCAUGCACCUCAGCAGAUGCAAUGCAGGUCCCGCUCACAAGCACCACCGCAACACGACGCAACACGACACAGGUGCGGUGCGGAUGAGCACAGUCUCCAGUCCCAUACUUUACUUAGUGGUGCAAGUGGAGGGAACACGACGUCCUCCCUCCCUCUGCUCGUUCCUGCAUUAAGACACUACAUGCCCUCCUUGUUUCUCAAUUCCAUUCUUGCCCCCAUCUACAUUCCGGUCUACGCCUUUUACUUUAGCUCCCUCGAACGCCUUCACUUUGCCAGUCUUGCUCCGGCUCCCCCUCCGCCAUCCACGCAUAUCGAUAUCUACUUUGACCGUCCAGACACUGCACCUACACCAAAGACAUUGAAGCAGCGCCGCAAGGAACGUCAAGCUAGACUUGCAUCCGACCAAGUUUCCGACCGCGUCAAGAGACGGCCUUCCCGCCGUGCCAAUUUCCGCGCUUCGACGAGCUCCUCCGUCUACGUACGGCUGCCCGACAAGAUUAGGAAGAGGCACUUGACUACCGAAGAGCAAAUUGCUGCUUCCCGAAACCGGAGACACGAUAUCAUCCUUGACCCGGCUGAUGAGGCCAUUUACAAAGUUCGAAGACGAGCCUCCAGUCUGAUUGUUCAAGACGAGUUGUGGAGUCCGACUCUAUCGGUGAGACCUUCGACGAUGGAAUCUCGACGGCCGAGCCAGGAGACGAGGAAACAAAUGCCCAAGUCGGAAGAAAAGAAGUCCCCUCAAGUUCAGAAGAAGCGGGACUCAUUCUACGACAGCUUCCGUUGGUUGGAGGAGGAUGACGACCUAGACCUGCGUUUACAUCUGGACGACUACCACGCCAAUUUGCGAGAAGAUCUACCGGCCAACUCGAAACAGCGCAGGCCGUCAUUUCGCAGGCACCUUUCCAUAUCAAAGAUACCUUUCGGUCGCAACUCCCUCUCUACCAACCGCCCCGGUACGACACCUGCCGGUGCCAGCCAUCCCACGACUCCACUAUUUUCGAGCUCUCCGGUCAGCCCCCAGACAAGUUCUCCGGGCCACGGCCGGCGGAGAUCACGGGCGCUGUCCCUGAUUUCACCGAAGCAUAGUCCCCAGGACACUAUGGCCGCCUUUGACCCAGAGGCUGCACAUUACCAAGAUCCCGAGGCACGCCUGAAGCUGCGGGUAUAUCUGGCCUCCCCUCAGAAGUUUGACGAGGCCAUCGAGUUUGGGUUUCCUUCGAAAGAAGCCAUGGUCACGAAGCCUGGCAAGGACGUCAAGCAACCAAAACACCGACAAUCCAAGGCAGCGUUGGUGGACGAGUCAGAAAACCUCCGUACCUUUCUCGCCGACGAUCGGUCGUCGAUCUUCAGCGAUGAUGGAUCCCUUGAUUCGGAUUCCCCAAAGACACCCCAUACAGUGGAGAUGACAGCGCUUCGGCCGCCGCCCAUCAAGAGUGAUCAGCUUCACUCACCCAAACCAUCAACGGAAUACGCACGGAUGCCGGCAGAGGCGAGAGAAAUGACACUGCGCAUGACCCUCACCCGACCCGACCUCCGAGCCCACGAAGAUCAGAUGUACGGCUGGCAGCAGAAGCCGUUGCCGCCUAGGAAAUCCCAAUCCAACGGCUUACGAGACGAAUUUCCGACGUCGACAUACGUCCGAGAUGCAUCGUCAAAGGAGAGCAUAGAACGUCAGUUCGCGGCCAUGGACCAAGAAAACGCUCAGGCCAACGACCGAGGCGUCAUGAAGCGUUUUUGGAAUAAGGUCCGGCGAGGACCGGCAUAGCGCCCGCCAUUCCUUUUUACCAUGCUCGGACCCGAUGCUCUCGAAUCGCAAGUCUUAUAUACGCCCGUUAGACACAGGCAGCAAGAUUGCAAACAACAACCUGCAUAAUGAACUUGAACAGCACUGUUUCUUAUACCCCUAUUCAAUCUGUAUACUGCCGAAAUUCCAUAGUAUCUAUUAUCUCCUAUCUCAACAAAAUUCUUACAAAGCGGCCUUUUUCCGGGGUAAUUGUAUCGAGGCUAGGAGUAAUUGUUA